CUGAUAUUUUAGAAUUAGUGGGAGAGAGAGAUAAAGUUAGGGUUAGAAGAAAAUUCAGGGUAAAGCACUUCUCCACUCCCUUCCUUGGCAUAACUCUUCAACCUCCUCCAUACCCACCAAACUCGUCCAUACCCACCAAAUAGAAUUCCACAACAUUGUAAAAUGGAGAAAGAAACCGUCUUUUGGCGCUGGUUUUUGGGAUUUUUGGCUCCAAACGAAUGUCAGGAUAACCACUAUAUAUAUAUGAGAAAAAUGACUGGAAAAAAUACAUUGCAAAGUGAAGCAAAAUUUCUGAACAGAAUUCUACAAAUCAAUGGCACCAGGCGGACGUGUCUCUAGGCAAACCACAAUUACAGGUGCUUCUACUCAAGCAAGCCGAUUAUCUGAUCCAUCAAAUAGUAAUAAUCCUACUCCUAAUACAGAUGAUUCAACUAGAAUCAGGAAAGGUCGUGGAAGGACAAUGAGAAAAGGUCUUGAGAAAAUGAAGAAGUCUAUAGGGAGAAAGAUGGUUAUAGACAUCCCAGUUGGUAAAGGAAGGCCAGUUAAGGCAAUUCCAUCAGCAAAGCUAUCAAAUGAGUUAGGAAUUAUUGCUCGCAACUUUCUUUCGCUUCCAAACAAGUGGAAGGAACUCACAAGAGAUGAUAAGGAUGCAGCAUUAAUUAGAUGCCAUGAGAAGUUUGAAAUUAACUGGGACGAGCAUUACACCAAAGAUAGAUGUGAGGAUAUUCUGAAAAAUAGAAGCCGACAAUGGCGCUACAAAUUAAAAAAGCUAUUUGAAAGUGCAAGCUCCGAGGAAGAGGCUCGUAAAAUUGAAGUGCCAGAGUUGACCCCGGAAAAUUGGAACAGGCUCUGUGACAUGUGGGCGAAUCCAGAGCAUAAGAGACGAUGCGAGAUAAACAAGGUCAAUCGAACAAAGCUGAAAUCUAAUCAUUUCAUGGGGUCAAGAGCUUUUGUAGCUGCUCGUGCUGAAAUAGGUGUGAAGGAACAUGAAGGAGUAGAGCCAAAUAGGAUUGAGUUCUACAAAAGUACCCAUACUCGAGUGAAAAAGGAUGGUCACCUCCAGAGGCUGAGACUAACUACAACAAAAUGAGAGAUUUGAGAGCUCGGUCUGUUUCUGAAGAGAAUCCCAUGGCUAUUGAUGAAAUUGUUGAUAAUGUACUUGGUACAAGGUCGGGACAUAUUAAAGGUCUUGGUUAUGGUGAAAAGCCUAAUACAACUAUAGCAACAAAAAGAAGGACAUCAGAAUUAGAGGAUGCUCUUAGGAGGGCAAAAGAGGAUGCUACUACUACCCAACAUGGUUUACAAGAACGUUUGAAUGUAGCUGAAACUGAGGUAGCAAAUCAGCAGAUACAGAUAAAAACAUUAACUUCUGAGUUGGGUACUCUAAGGGCACGCCAAGAGGAAAUAUUAAACCAAAUGAAGCGUCAUUUUAUUGGCUCAUCACCAUCAAGGUUAGAAGUACUACAUCUUUAAAUGAUGAAUUCAAUUAUAAUUCUUUUAGCAUCUAAGUUCGAAUUUUUUUUUUAAUGAUACAGUGAAGAUUGAGCCCCACCAGAUUAUCAACUUUGGGUACACUAAACUUCACACUAUUUAAUUUUUUUCUCAUUUUUAUUUACUUGUAUCACAAUUCAUUUAUUUGUUUCACCAAUUAAACUCUACGUCUAACAAGAAGUUGUAGUUUAUACCAAUUAUAUCUUAUUUAUACCAUGAUACCAUAAAGUAUUAACUUAAAUCAUAAUUUUUUCUCUAUCUUUUAUACAGGUAUAUGGAGGAAACUAUUGGAUCAAGAUUAAUUGCAAGUGAAGUGUCACUGCAUUCCUCCACUUCUCAGUCCUAGUUUAGGAGUAAUAUUUCUCAAUUAGACUUUUACGUUGGACAUAUUUACUUUAACUAUGUUUCUUUUAAUUUAAGGAGCUUUUAUUUCAA